AUGAAGUUCCUUAUCAGUACAAACGUUGAAAAAUUCCGGUCCGUGCUCGGAGACCAUGACGCUUCGCAAGUUUCCUUUUGUCAACACGACACUGCAAUCGCCGAACAAAUCAACGGCCUGUAUACGAUAAACGUUUGGAUAUGCGAGGGUAGCGAAGUUACCGAGGAGCUACUGGAUCAGUGGUUGGACCGGAAUCGCAAUUCCCCGAAGGCGCUACUCGUACACGACACCACGCUCAUACCUCAGCUUGAGAAGCUCUUCAAGGGGCGCGCGGCUAAAAUCCAAGCAAUAUCUAAGCAAGACGAUUGCGACUCUUCAUGGGUCACGUCGACUCUCCGAGAGGCAGAGAUGGUUUACGCUCGCGGUUGUGCCCGUGGUGCAAGUCAAAGCAAGGAAUCACUUCCCAAAAAGACAGUCUUGCUUGUUGGAGCAGGCAUCAUGAAUCUUGUGGCGGCGGAAUUCCUCGCUACCCAGGGUUUUAAGGUGCGAGUUGUGGAUGCCAGUCCAGAUCCCCGUACUUGCAAUGAUUGGACUCGCCAAGGUGUUACUCACGGAGGCGGCGAUGCUCGUAUGUUCACCUACACCGAAGCGGAUAGUUACAAUGAAAGGAGUAGCUCCAUCUACCGUGGUAUGCGACAUGUUUUUCGCAAGACUACUCUCAAUGGUGGCUGGAGCGUGAAAUCACCAUUGAGCUUCAACGCUGCUGAAAUUGCUUGGGUCAAUACUUUUGAGCAGACUCCAACUUGGUUGGCGCAGGCUAUGAAAGAGGAUAUCUAUUACGUUAACAGCGAGGCAGGAAAGCUCUGGGAGGAAUUUAUGAGUCGAUCUCCAGAGCUGUUUGAAGGGGUUUUGCUUCACGGCGACAUCUUGCGCUUGUAUGCGGAGGACAUCGCGCUGAAUGGGGCUCAUGAAGUUAACCGAGCGCUUGGGGCCGUUAUUGAUGAAUUCUCCCUGAAGAAACUCCUAAUUGAAUGGCCUGUAUUUGAUGCAGCUGCAAAGUCAAGCCAUCUCGCCGGUGGACUCACCGUCAAAGGCUUUACACUUGGAAUUCACUCAUUCGUGAACAAGCUGAUCGAUCGAAUCAUCGAGCUCGAUGGCGAGUUCAUUUGGGACUGCCGUGUGCAACGGAUUCGACGUAGCGCUUCUGGUGAGGUGACCUAUCUGGAAUCUCAGCAAGGACCUUUGCAAGCAGAUCAUUUUGUGAUAAGCACAGGGGUUACGCGGAAUGGUUUGCUCCGCGGAACAGCCUCAGAUGGCCUCGUGCACGGCGUUUUGGGCGUGUGGCUACAGAUCCCCAACUUGGGUCCGGCGAUAAAGAACUCCAUCAAGAUUCAUCGUCGCGGCUUUCUUGUGGAAGACAUAAACGUCACCGUAUCGAAAGAUGGCAAAACGGGCGAAGAUAUACUCAUCUUGGGUGGUGGAUACGGCUACGUUGGGUUGGAUUACCCGUCACCAGACAGUUCUGAAUUUCAAGCACUCUUCGAAGAGCUGGAGGAAGUUGCAAACAUCUACUUCCCCGAAGCAUAUCGUCGUGCGAAAAAACAGGGUACUCUAUGGCCGGAGGGGGAACGGAAAUUUUGCAUUCGUCCGUUCACUUGUACUGGGUUAGGAAUUUUCGAAGACAUUCCUACAGCAAGCGGCGGCCAUCUCAUCAUUACCGGUGGGAACAACACAGGAGGAUUUGCUCAAUCCCCGGCCAUUUCUAGAGCGGUCUAUCGCGCUAUUGUUGGUGAACACGAUCCAAUCCAUGUCCUCUUCAGUCCUCACCGCAGCAAACUUAUUGAAGAGGUACAGUACUCUAAGGCCACUCUAUAG